UGUGCUGAAGUAGUGCCUGCCUGGGUCUGGAAACUUAUGUCCUCCAUCAUAUUAAUGGGAUAAUAAUGUGAUUGAUUGGUCAUCCCCCGGGGGAAAUGGUCUUUUCUGCUUCCUGAGAGUGCACGACUCAUCAGAGAACUUACAGCUGACUUGAAGUGGAUUCGUGCCCAAGAGCCCCUCAGCAGGGUGAAUGCUCGAGCACAUCAGGCGGCUUCCAGCCCGGGUUGGACCGCUCGGAAGAUUGUUUGCGUGCCGCUACUCUGUUGCCAUCGGCUUUAUCGGUGGGGACUAAAGAGGCGGAGGAGGAGGAAGGGUAGAGGGGGAUUUGGGUGCUUCAGGACGGCUGAGUCUCGUUGCGAUGCAUGGAGGCUGCUUGGAAAUGCUCCCCGGGUCUCCGGAGCGCAUGAGGCGGUUCCAGACGAGCGACGGUCCGCAGCAGCAUCGUGGGCUUCCUGCGGCUCAACUGCAGCUCUGCCAGGCUGUCACGCUGUAGGUUCCGUUACAGGAGGUGCACGGCUCGGUUCGGAAGCCACGGAGCGGAGUUAUUUUCGCCGAGAGCGCCGUAAUCAAGGAGCCUGAAGGCUGCAUCGCGUCCCUGCGUCGCAGUGGUGGUGGAUACUGUGUGAGCGUGUCGGGCGGCAUCUAUGCAAUUUAUUUUCGACUUUUCAUUUUAUUAUGAGCACAGAGGAGGGAGAGGCGGGUCCCGCGUGUGGGGAGGCGAGUGGAGGUACCACCAUACCUCACCGCCACACCUGGGAGGAAAGCGAACCUCACGGCUUCCAAGGACGUCCGCACCCCGACGAUGAGGACGAAGCCCUGGGAGGAGAGGAGGGAGAGGGGGCAGAGGGCUGCCGGGAGGGCCGGAGCUGCAGGGACGCGUGUGGGGGUGACACAGAGAAAUUCACUGUGGAGAACAACGAGGGGAAUUUUUCCAGUGAGGACGGGGCUGUCGGGGGGAGCUCUUGCAAGGCUCAGACAAUGCAUUCAAACUGCAGCAGCGAAACCUGCAUCCCCACUCCCAGCUGCAGGAUCUGCUUCCAAGGCGCAGAGCAGGGGGACUUGUUGAACCCAUGCAGGUGUGACGGCUCAGUGCGGUAUACCCACCAGCAGUGCCUGCUGAAGUGGAUCAGCGAACGGGGCUGCUGGACCUGCGAGCUGUGCUGCUACCGUUUCCAGGUGAUCGCCAUCAAUCUGAAGAGACCAUGGCAGUGGCAGUCCAUCACCAUUACCCUGGUGGAGAAGGUGCAGAUCAUUGCGGUGUUCCUGGGCUCUCUCUUCCUUGUAGCCAGCAUCUCCUGGCUGCUCUGGUCGGCGCUCAGCCCUCAGGCCACCUGGCAGCGUCGCGAUGUCCUCUUCCAGAUCUGCUACGGCAUGUAUGGCUUCAUGGACCUGGUCUGUGUAGGCUUGAUCAUCCACGAGGGGGCAGCAGUGUACAACGUGUUUCUGCGCUGGCGAGCAGUGAACCUCCACUGGGAUGUUCAAAGCUAUGACAAGACCAAGGACAUGGAGGAGACGAGCACUGGUCACUCUUCGCUGGCCCCCAGGACACUUUGGUUGCCUUUGGCCACUUUUGGGCCCAGCGGCCCCUUACACCCGACCCAGCUGGGAUCACAUCCAUGGACUUGCCUGUGUUUGGCACCCUUUUGCCACAGAAUGGUAGCACGAAACAACCUCAGCCAGGACAGUGAUUCGGGAGAAGUUGUCAUUCGUGUAACAUCGGUAUAAACUCCAAGCAGUAUUUGUGCAGAGACGAAGCAUCUGAUGGGUUACAUCUGGGAGUUACAGUCUGAGAUGUGCUGCAAAGUUGUUUUUUUGCAGAUUUUUUUCCGUAACUUAAUACUUUUAAUUAUUUGAACUGUGUGUGCUGUCUGGGGCUGGUCCUCAAACCAAUCUAAUACCUUCAGUAACUCACAUUUUUGUGUUGGUGCCUUUGUUGUUACUCUGAGAUAUAACACUGUUUAUUUUGUGACAGAGACAUGAGCCACCCUCACAUAAAUCCUUUUUUUUUGUGGUUUUCCUUUUAAACUGUUGUGUGGCACUCAUGUCAUGUGGAAUUGAAGGAAGUGAUGGGAUCAUCCAGAUUACAAAUCUAAGGCACAACAUCAGACAUGGUGUAGGAUCACAGGGUUGCCUGUUCAAGGUUGAGGAAUACUGUACACAGCCAAUAUCCUCUCUCUCUCUCGCUCUCAUAUAUCUCUGCUCUAAUGUGGCAUAGAGACAGUAUGGUGUCAUAGUCUCAAACCACCCUUAAUUUCUUUAGGUUUUGUUAGGAAAAUGUGAAAUAAGUGUAGCCUUUUAUUCAAAUAAGUGCAAACAUAGAUGGAAAUACAGGAUAUAAGGCAAAAAACCCCAAAAACAAAACAUAUUUUCUACAAUUCUAACAAGCUUGAAAGUCAAUAAUUGGUUUGACAUUUCUUUUUCAACACAGCCAGAACUUUCUUAGACAAGCUUACUUACCUCUUGUAAUUUCUUUAA